GGUGUUGGCUGUGUUUGUUGGGGGGUUUAGGCUUUUAGCCUCCUUUCCCCUUAUUCUUUCUUUCAGCUCAAAACCACACUCACAAAACACUCUGAGCUUUCUCCUCUUGCCCGUUAGGGUUUCUGUUUUCAUCUUCAUCAUCAUCUUCUUCUUCUUCCCUCUCUCUCUUCCCGCCUUGUCGAAGAACCGCCAUGGAUAGGUACCAGAAGGUCGAGAAACCUAAACCUGAAUCUCCGAUAAACGAAAAUGAAAUCCGCAUCACGAGUCAAGGCGCUAUUCGAAACUACAUCACUUAUGCUUCCACCCUGCUCCAGGAAUAGUUGCUCGCUGGCUGAUGCUUUGCGGCAUAUGCAUUGUAUGUGGAAGGGUCUAUCGAGUAAUUUCGCUAAGGCAGUGAUCAUGUGGAGCUUGGUGUUUGUAUAUUAUCUUGACGUGAUUUUUGGCUCAGAAAGUUUUACAUUUGAGAGCGAAUACUCAAGAUCAAAUCCAGAAACUACUGCAGCCUCAAUGGACAAACGUGUUAGAGAGAUAGUGUUGAAAGCCAUGGGGCAGGCAAUCAGUAAAGCGGUUGCCAUUGCAGAAAUUUUAAAGAAGAGAACUCCACGAUUGCAUCAAGAAACUUCCAUCAGCUCAGUAAGCAUAACUGAUGUAUGGGAACCUAUUGAAGAAGGUCUUGUACCUGUGGAGAUGACUCGUCAUGUCUCAAUGAUAUCAAUUACCUUGUCAAAUCGAGAGCUAAAUAAAAACUCUCCUGGGUAUCAAGCAUCACAAUUUGUGGAGCAGCCAAAGCAACAAUAUAAUCAGCAGCAACACCAACAGCCCAGACAGUCUCGUCCAUAUUACAAUGCUGUUAAUGAAGAUCUAUAUGGCCAAAGCCAAGGUCGAGGUAGAGGGAGAGGACGUGGUUGGGGCAGAGGUGGAUAUGGAAACUACCAAGGGGGAUAUGGCAACUACCAGGGUGGUUAUGGCCACUACCAAGGCGGAUCCGGGCACUAUCAAGGGGGAUCAAGCUACCAAGGUGGAUCCGGUGGCUACCAAGGCAACUAUCAAGAUAAUGGUGGGUACUCAAAUUGGAGUAGAGGUGGUGGGCGAGGCAGAGGUUGGACAUAUCGUGGAACUGGCUAUGAUAGAGGCAGAGGGAGUAGGGGUUACAGUCGAGGUCGGGGACGGAUAGGCGGACGAACAAGCGGCGGUGGUAGAAACCAGGUUUAGUUAAAAAGUUAUUCGUUUUCACUGUUCUAUUUUCUUGAGCUAAAUGCUUUGCCUUGGCCAGUGAGAUGCUUUUUUAUCAGAAUAUACUGUUUUUAGUAGCGUGGUAAUUUGGCUUCUUACAGCGUUGUUGAGCAGUAAUUUCUUCUUUUGCCUUUGAUAACGUGGUGGGCAAGGUUGUUUUUGUUCAUGUUUUGCGUUUAGCUUAUAAGAGCAGUCAAUUUGCCUUGGCCAGUGAGAUGUUUCCCAGUACUCAGUAAUUUUUUUUUCCUUUCUUUUUUGUUAUUAUUAUUCUUGUAUUCAUUUCUACUUAGUUGAGUUCAAUUUUGUUCUCCGUUAAACCAUUUGAGGUUUUGACUA